UGUCACUGGCCCUGAGUGGGACAGCGUACGAAGCCGGUUGUCUCCGCGCUAGCGGCCUGCCCCCGCUGCUUGGCGGGCUGGGACAGGGGAGAUGUUGCAGGAGGAGUCGGAUCUGUCUCUCAUUAUUGCCCACAUAGUCCAGAAGCUCAAGGGCUCCAAUCUGUACGCUCAGCUGGAACGGCAGGCCUGGGCCAGUCUUCAGAGACCUGAGAUUAAACUUGAAUCACUCAAAGAAGAUAUUAAGGAAUUCUUUAAAAUAUCAGGUUGGGAGAAGAAACUUCAGAAUGCUGUGUACAGUGAACUGAGCGUGUUUCCUUUACCCAGUCAUCCUGCUGCACCUCCUGAGCAUCUUAAAGAACCUUUGGUAUACAUGAGGAAGGCACAGGGAAGUUGGGAAAAAAGAAUUUUGAAGAGUUUAAAUAGUAUGUGCACUGAACUGAGUAUCCCAUUGGCACGAAAGAGGCCAGUUGGAGAACAGAAAGAACUUCUCAAUAAAUGGAAUGAAAUGGGAACCGAUGAACCAGAUUUAAGCCUCUUCAGACCUGUUUAUGCACCUAAGGAUUUUCUUGAGGUAUUAAUUAAUCUUCGCAACCCAAAUUAUGAAAAUGGUGAUUCUCUUAGUUUCAGGACUCAUUUGGGUUUAAUCCAAGUUCCUCUCAAAGUAAAAGACAUCCCUGAGUUGAAAGAAUUCUUUGUAGAACUUGGCUUAACGACAGGACAACUUGGUAUAGAUGACUCUACACAAGUGCCUCCUGAACUUUUUGAAAAUGAGCAUGUACGUAUUGGGCAAAAAGUUCUAGCAGAACAAGACAGUGCUGCUGCUCAACAGUACGUCAGACAGGGAAGCCCCACCGCCCUGAGAGCUGAGCUAUGGGCUCUCAUCUUGAAUAUUUCCAGUCAACCCGAGGAUAUCUUGUAUUAUGAGCAGCUUAAGACUAAUGUGAUACAACAUGACCUUUUGGUGGACAGUUUAAUUUAUAAAGAUGUGAAAUUGACAGCAAGCAAUGAUGAUUAUUAUUUUGUAUUCGAAGAUUAUUUAUAUCAGGUAUUACUUUGUUUUUCCCGAGAUACAUCUGUGUUGGGUCACUUUGCAUACAACAGUGCUUCACCACCGAAAUCAUACAUAAGAGGAAAACUAGGACUAGAAGAAUAUGCUGUCUUUUAUCCACCAAAUGGUGUAAUCCCUUUUCAUGGAUUUUCAAUGUAUGUUGCACCGCUUUGUUUUCUGUACCAUGAACCUUCCAAAUUGUAUCAGAUAUUCCGUGAGAUGUAUGUGCGUUUUUUCUUCAGACUUCAUUCCAUCUCUUCUCAUCCUUCUGGUAUUGUGUCACUCUGUCUGCUGUUUGAAACUCUUCUUCAAACUUAUCUCCCCCAACUCUUUUAUCAUCUACGAGAAAUUGGGGCUCAACCACUUCGCAUAUCAUUUAAAUGGAUGGUUCGAGCUUUCUCUGGAUACUUAGCUACAGAUCAACUCUUGCUUUUGUGGGAUAGAAUCCUAGGAUACAACUCUCUGGAAAUUCUCGCUGUCCUGGCAGCUGCUGUGUUUGCUUUCCGAGCAGUGAACCUGAUGGAGGUGACAUCACUGGCUGCAGCUGAAGCAGUUCUUGCUGACCUUUCUACUUUAAAAGUUAUGCCUCUUCUUCAGAUUUUUCUGUUUGCUACUGUCACCUGAUCUUCUUCAAGGUCACUGACAACACAUCUAGUUUUUCAUUAGAAAGUAAUCAUGAACUAUGCAAACUCUGCAUAAAACCAAAAUUAAACUUUGCGUAUAAGCCAAUAAAGAUCAUGUUCCUCCUCA